GGUUUCCGUACGCCAGUGUCCGAUAUUGGGGAGUGUCCGAUAAUUGAUAUUAGACUCUACUUAUUGUCAGAUACUCCAGGGAAUGAUAAUCGUUCUCUAAAAAGAAUGACACAUUCGAUGAAGUCGAAACUACAUUGCACGAGGAUACCAUGAGGGAGGAGCAACUGCUUGUUAGAAGCUCUAGAUAUCAUUACAAUAGCGACGUACGCAAGAGUGAGUGGACAGGUGUAAUAUUGGUUGGGAGAGCAGCAGGCACGCUUUGCUGAGUGCACCUUUGGAGACGGUCGUUUUGUUUAUAUAAGUUGUUAUAGUUAUGGCGUUGUAUAUCACUCGCAUUCAUUUCAUGUCUUUCCUUUUUGUGUGGAGUGGUAUCUGCUGCGUGACAGUGCAGAGCAUUUUAUCAGAACAGGGAAUGGAAAGCAUUGAUUUAGAAGGGUCAGUCAAUGAGUGGGACUCGACAGUACACCACAGAUCAACGGACAGGAGCAUUCCGAAACCGUCAGUUGGAACUCUAACUGCUGUCUAUAGACGAUCCAUUAAGGACAGGCAGAUGCUCGGGGACGUGUCAGAACAAUAUUAUGACUACCUGGAACGAGCUCUCGCGUUUGGUGGUUAUUCCGAGCUUCCCAGUCUUAUACGUGGCACGUGGGUGUACACACCUCUUCUCAACUCUUGGUAUCGUCUUCCGUUAUCAUCAAGUGAGCAACCUGUUGAUAGAACAGGUCACACAAUGGUGAGUUUGUGUAAAACAACUGUCGUCCUAUUUGGAGGUUUUCAAGACCGAGAAUCAUAUGCUUUCAAUGACACUUGGCUCUUUAACGGUAUUCGAGAAGAAUGGAAGAAACUAGAAGUGAAAAUGGAAGGAGAAGAUGUGAAAGCUCGUGCAUUUCACACCGGUGUCGUGCUGCAACAGGAAAGGAGCAGUUGUCAAUGUAAAGAGAGUUUGUUUGUGUUUGGAGGAUUGGAGGAACAGGGAAAUAAUACGGAUGCGAAGCAAGUGAACGACUUGCUGGAAUUGAGAUGCCAGAAAGAAGAAGAUGGAGAACGUACAUACGCUUGGUAUCGACAUCAGUGCUUGAGUGAAUCAGAAUGCCCAAAACAGCGUCAUUCACAUCAUGCAGUCACCAUCAAUGACAGCACAAUGUUGGUGUAUGGUGGCGUGCAAGGAACGUCUUCAAUCCCGACUGAUUUAGUGGGAGUACCAGAUUCUUGGUUGUAUGACAGCAAACGUCAAACAUGGCGCAGAUUUUUUACCUACGCGUUGCACCAUCACAGUCUCCAGAUCAGAAGCUGCGUUGUGUUCGACAAGAAGCGCAACGAGACGUUUCAUCUAUUAGGGAGUAACGUCUAUAAACUAAAUUUCGAAGCAAGCACAUGGAUUGAAGUUCGUCCCGUAUUGAACAACUCGACUUAUUCUCCCGAACAAUCGAUGACAGGAUUGUCCGCCAUCUCUACAGAUUCAGGGAUUUUUGUGUUCAGCGGCGUUGAGCAUGAUCAAGAUCUACUCGAAACGAAAGUGUGGUAUCUGACGUUUUUGGGCGACAGAUCCGUAUGGCAGCUCAAUUCUGCACCAAAGAAAGCUCCUCCUGUUGACCGAGAGUGGACCCAUUUGUAUUCAUGUCAAGUAGGUGGCAGUCUCUUUAUUCGAGUUCUUCAAUCAUUUCAUACAGACUCGCGCCACUUUUACAUGAGGAACCUGUUAGAAAAUGAAAAAGGCUCAACUGACAAGAAGUUACUUUGUGACAAAUGCUCAAAGGUUGAACGUUAUGGAGGAUUUGUGGAACGUCUGUUUUUGCGGUUGUUGACUGAAGUGAUCGAGGAGACACUCUCUCUUGUGUCUCAUACGGUUGUCUUUACGCAAUGGGAAUUGGACUUGAAUAGCAACACUUGGUGGCAGUAUUCUACCAUAAAUUCUCAUUUGUGUUUCUUUUAUUCAGCAUCGACGGGCGUAAACGGUACCAAUAUCGUUACAUACGGGACAGUAAGGUACAUUAAUAGGUGCAAUAAACCGGGAAUAUUUAAACAACAUUUUGGCAGUAACUGUUUUGUUCCUUUGCCCUCCUCGAAUGUUUGUCUCUAUCACACACGUCAAAGACGAUGGAUUGAAGCUGAUACCGUCGACGCGCCUCCCCUUCGUCUCUAUCCUUCCUUGGUGGACGUCGGGAACGAUUCUGUUGUUAUGAUUGGAGGGUUUACAUGCGAUCGAAACACAACAUUAAUAACUCUGAUUUACCAGGGAUUCGUUACAGCAGUAGGCCGUUCUAAUGAACGUCUUGCAAACAUAUCGUUUGCACAAGUUGAAAGGAAUUGCUCUCUGUCCAACGAUGUGUGGCUAUUGCGUUUGCUGAUAAGUGAUUCGUCGGUGACAGGGCAGUGGACUCUUAUUGAUCCUAUUCCCGGUACGGUUUCGCCUCCAGGGAGAAUCGGGCAUUUACUAUUGACGGUAGAUUCGAUGGUUUUUAUGGCUGGAGGAUCUGACGUAGGUUCUAGUUUGCGCAAUGAGUCAUAUAGUCGAAAUGGAUACCAAAUGCUGUGUUCACAUGAUUUGUGGUAUUUUGAUUUGAUCGGAAGGCGAUGGUGGAGAGUGCAACCAUCUAAUCACAACGAUGUGAUGUUUAAUCUCGUUCAUCCACUAAAUCUAUGUAAAAUGAAAGCGGGUGUGUUGGGAAAGAAACUUCUCAUUGUUCGUCACAGUCUGGAUGAAGCAGAAGACUAUGACUAUCGAUCAGAUAGUGUAGUUACGCUUUCUCUUGAUUCCAACGAGUGGAUCCAACAAACAGACAACGUCAGUUUUCCUGUCGACAGUCUGCACGUAGUCGAUAACAGCGUUUACGUGUGUGGUAGUUUGCGAAUGCCCAACGAGAAGUACAGAUACGUGCCUUUACCAAUAGAAAAUCAAGGUCAACGAGUCUUGACGGCCAUGCGGCCAGGCUGUCAUGCCGGAUGGUACUCUGAGAACUGGUCACUCAAACAUUGCUCUCUGUGUCCGAUAGGAAAGGUUGCCGUCGCCGGCUCUACAUCGUGUUCACCGUGUCCUUCGGGUUUGACGACAAAAGCAGAAGGCGCCACCAACAUGACUAGCUGCAUAUGUGACGAAACAUAUUGUGGUAGACAUGGAACAUGUUUUGUUGUUAACAGUGAAGGGCAGCUGGAGGCUCAGUGUCAGUGUGAAUUCGGUUACACGGGUUCUCGAUGUCAGUAUCCUACGUAUUACAUCAUCACUACCGUGGCAAUAGUUAUUUUGCUUAUUCUAUUUUGUCUUGGGACUUUUCUGCAAAGAAUGAUCAAAUACAGACGAGUGAAACAAGCGAGAGAGAUGGAACUGGAGGAAAUGGGACGCGUGUGGACAAUUGAUGGAUCAGAGUUGAGGCUGAUCGAACGUAUUGAUGGAGAGACGCCGGGAAGUUAUGGAAACAUUUAUCGAGCGCGAUAUCGGGACAUGAACGUGGCUGUGAAGAAACUAAAGAUGGUGAUGCGAGCAGGCAGGCAGGAGAGAGAAUUCGAACGCGAGAUCUUAUUGAUGCGUUCCAUUCGUCACGCCAACAUCGUGUUGUUUGUCGGUGCAGGAAGAUUUGCACCAGACGAAUGUCCUUUCUUGGUGUUGGAGUUUAUGCAGCGCGGUGCUCUCAGUGCUAUUCUUCACGAUGAGUCGAUUUAUCUUAAUUACAUGCGACAGAUCACAUUCUGUUUAGAUGCAGCGAAAGGAAUGGAGUUUCUUCACAGUCUUCAACCUCCACGAAUCCAUCGUGAUUUGAAGAGUAGUAAUCUGUUAGUGAGCGAAGAAUGGACAGUAAAAGUAGCCGAUUUUGGUGCAGCCAGACUAGUCAAGGCUCAAAGAGCUAGACAAACGGUAGCACGACGUCGCGCUAAUGCCUUUGAAGCAGAGGAUCUUACGACGCCACUUCUCCAACCACACAGCGAUCUAUCACGUAAUGCAGGUGCCGUUUUGUGGAGAGCACCGGAGAUAUUUUUAGAGGAAGCGUACGGGACAUCAGCAGACGUGUACAGUUAUGGUAUCGUAAUGUGGGAAAUUGUUGCUCGUCGUGUUCCAUACGAAGACCGAGAGUUCGAGUUUAUUGUAGACGUGAAGGAUGCCGUCUUGUCUGGAGUUCGACCGACUCUUCCUCAGAUUGCCGCUCGAGCUAAUUACGUCGAUCUGAUGCGUCAAUGCUGGUCGGGUAAUCCUGACGAGAGACCAUCAUUUAGCGACAUCGUCGCUCGUUUACAGCAGAUGCGUUUUGCAGAAUCGGGAAGAGAUCGAUCUGACGAGCUCGUAGAGAUGGAUGAAAGCAUUCUUUGAUGGGUGCAUUUACAACGACCGACGACUAAUUGUCGCAAACGCAGUUAUUUUGCUAUAGAUAAUAUAUAGGAUACUUGAAAGUUUGGAUUUUGCCAGUUUAGAUAAACGUUGCGUGUCAAAGUACGUCUUUUAAUGACAACAUUUAUCAAUGUUUGAUGUUUAGUAUACUUUGAUAUCAACAAGUAUGGAGUGUAUGUAU